AUGGAUCGUUUAUUAAGUACAUAUAAUCGUUUACAAAGUGAUUCACAUUUUCGUCGUCGAAAAAAUCUUGAAGAACUUCAUGGAAAAUAUAUUCAUUUUGCAAAUGAUGAAUGUUAUCCAAAUUUAGUUCAAGUAUUUGUUGAUUAUAAUGACUGGAUAAAACAACGUUCAAAUCUCAUACAUGCUUAUCGAUCUAUUCAAGAAUCAUAUGAAAAACAAUGUGAUGAUAUAGUGCAUUAUGUUGAUUCAUUUGAAGAUGUUCGUACAGCUGUUUAUAAUAAUAUUCGUGAAUUAGGUGGAACACCAUCAACAACAACAACAGCAACAACAAAUGACUGUCUUCAAGCACCAUCAUCAUCAACAGUUCGUUUUCAUCCACAGCAAACAAAAGAAGAUGAAAGUUGUCAUCAACAACAACCAAUAUCAAGUGGUGAAGAAGACGAUCAUGAAGGAAAUAACACAUUUAUUCAAAAAGUUCGUGGUACAACAAGAAAAACUAUUCAACAAGCUGAAGAAGGUUUUAUUAAAUUAGAUCAUGCUAUACGACAAAUUCGUACAAAUAUUCAAAAAAAAUAA